AUGACAGACGCAACGAACCACCCCCUCUCCGGUCUCUGGCAACCGACGCAACUCCAGAAACUACACUACGGCGCCGACUCAGUCAAACAACAUCUCCUCUCAUGCCUCCCGAAAGAGUCAAGCAAAGCCUUCAUCAUCACCGGAAACUCACUUGCUAGCAAAACGCCUCUGGUGAAGCAAGUCGAAGAGCUGUUGGGAAGCAAGCACGCCGGCACCUUCUCCAAGAUCGGCGAACACGCACCUGUCGCCCAACUCGACGAAGCUACCGACCUAGUCAAGAAAGACGAAAGCAUCGAUACGGUCAUCUCUAUUGGCGGUGGAAGCCCGAUCGACAGCUCCAAAGCCAUCAGCUAUCGCCUGAACGAGAAAACGGGGAAGUAUUUAUACCACAUCGCGAUCCCCACCACGCUCAGCGCAAGUGAAUGCACCCUAAUGGCUGGCUACACGCAAUCCGACGGUGUCAAGACGGGUGUGCGAGCCAAGGAACUCGUUCCUCAUUGCGUAAUCUACGAUGCCAAAUUCGCUCUGCAUACCCCCGAGCGCCUGUGGAUGUCAACAGGUCUCCGUGCCAUGGACCAUGCCAUCGAGCUGCUAUACCAUCCCACCGCCACCGAGAUGCCUGCCAGAUGGUUAACGCUACAGUCCGCGGCCACCCUCUUCGACGCCCUGCCAAAGUACAAGCAAAACCCCAAAGACGAAGAUGUCAUCACAAAGCUCCAACUCGCUGCUUUCGCUUCCCUGGGCUUUUUGGGUUACAACAUCAAGGGCGGUCUAGGCCUCUCACACGCUCUGGGGUACGCACUAGGUUCUCCUUAUAGUAUCCCGCAUGGCAUUACUUCCUGUCUCACUCUCGGACAUGUGGUCAAGCUCAAAGCUCAAGACCCCGCUGCAGCGGAGCAAGUUGCUCGUUUGCUUCCUUUUAUCGGCGAAUCGGCGUCUGGUGAUGCCAAGGCUGAUGCGGAGAAGGUAGGUGAUAGGGUGCUGAAGUUGGUGAAGGAUCUGGAGCUGGAUAGCGAUUUGAGAAAUUACAAGGUGGGCAAGGAUCAGAUUCCGGUGAUCACUGAGAGAGCGACUGGUGGGCAGAAGGAAGGUCAGGUUUAUGAUGCUGUUGAGGGACUGGUUAAGGGGUUGUUUGUUUGA